UUGGCGCUAUCCGUAGUUUUCGACAACAUAAUGAUGGCCGCUUUCGCUGGUAGCAGUAAAGGACCAGAGCUAUCCAAAGCUGAGUACCUAAAACGUUAUUUAUCCGCCGAUGAAGAUGCCAAGAAAUCAAAGGGGAAGCUUAAAAAGAAACGACGUAAGGUUCCUGAAAGAGGACUUAAAAUAGUAGACGAUGACAUAGACUGGAGACAGAUGGUCAAUGAGGAGAAGGCGGUGGAAGAGGACGAAGACGAAGCUCCAGUGAUUGCUGAGGUGAUUGAUGAUCGACCAGAUGAGGUGAAGCAGCUGGAGGCCUUCAGAACCAGCAACAGAUGGAGAGUGAUUGGAGCUGAUGAAGAUAAAGACACAGGAGGGAGUCACCAUGACUCACCAGAGCUGUCAUCAAAGAGAGGGGGACAUGAUUCUCCUGUCAGAAAGACCCGACAUGACUCUCCAGACGUAUCCCCUCCCAGGAGAGGUCGCCAUGACUCUCCAGACGUAUCCCCUCCCAGGAGAGGUCGCCAUGACUCUCCAGACGUAUCCCCUCCCAGGAGAGGCCGCCACGACUCUCCAGAUAUAUCCCCUCCCAGGAGAGGUCGUCAUGACUCGCCAGACUUGUCACCUCCUCAACAUUCAGGGAAAUCAGGAAAGGUGCAAAGUAAAGAUUCAUCCCCCACCAGAAGGAAGCCCAGCGCAUCACUGUCUAGUAAAAAGCGUUCACCUGAUCCUCAUCGGUCACCACCAGCAAAGAGGUCUCAGAACAGGCAUGACUCAGACUCUGACCAGUCACCUCCACGCAAAAAGACGCUAAAGGGAGGAGCCUCAGACUCCGACCAGUCUCCUCCGAGGAGGCGUUCAAAACAAACACGAGGCUCUGAUUCUGACCAGUCUCCACCCAGGAGGCGGCCGCAGAGUGGAAAGGACUCAGAUGGAGAUCUGUCACCACCUCGUAGACCUGGCCAGUCACAGGGCCAUAGGAUGCUUUCUGGUGGGAAGGCAGGUCUGGUCUCUGUAGAUGUUUUAAGGAAAGAGCAAGAAGAGAAUCGACGCAGAGAAAGAAACAACCAGCCACUAGAAGAUGAAUCCCGCAACGCCCAGACUGUGUUCCGAGACAAGAGCGGUAAAAGGAGGGAUUUGGAUUCGGAGAGGGAAGAACAGAAGAGAAAAGCUGGAGAAAAAGCAGCAAAGGAUGAGAAAUAUGCUCAGUGGGGGAAAGGGUUGGCCCAGAGCCAGAUGCAUCAGCAAAAACUUGAAGAUGCACUGCAUGAAGCCCAGAAGCCGCUGGCACGUCACUACGAUGACGAGGAUCUUGACCGGAUGUUGAGAGAGCAGGAAAGGGAGGGAGAUCCGAUGGCUGCGAUGCUAAGACGGAAAAAAGAUCGCAGUGCAAAGACACAAGAGAAGCCUCGGUAUAAAGGCCCAGCACCACCUCCAAACCGGUUCAAUAUUCUACCAGGCUAUCGCUGGGAUGGAGUUGACAGGUCAAAUGGUUUUGAACAAAAACGCUACACGCGGAUAGCAGAUAAAAAAGCUGUCCAGGAGGCAGCUUAUAAGUGGAGCGUAGAGGACAUGUAAUGGCAAUCAGAGACAGAUAAUUUAGGAGCAGAGGUGAAGCGCGGAACUGCUGAACGUCUAGAAUUAGUUUAGAGGGAUCUUCUAAUUUGUGCUGUUGAAACAACAACAACUGCACAUUAGACUCAUCUACUCAGCAGAAUAGACUUUGUUCACCUUUCCAAAGCAGUUUGUUACUGUACAAAAGAUAUCAGCUUAUUACGGACUGGUAAACUGCAAAUAUAACUGUACAUAACAGUGAAGUGACAGCAUCUUUAUGAUUUUGUAAGAAUUGAUUUAAUGUUCAACCAAAAGAGAUGUGUUUUUCACUGUUUUAUUAAAUAAUGUUUUUGUAAAGUGUU